UCACGCCCUACGCCCAUCACCAACUACGGAAGUUAGACCGGCUCGGCCGUCCUUAUCCGUCACUGCCUUCUCCCUCGUUCUUGUCGGCGUAAUACGUUUCGUUCACGAUUAAUCUCGUUCCAUGUGAUCUUUUCUCGAGCUUCCAAGUGAACUAUUAUCGUGUUUCGUUGAUACCGUUAUUUCUGGCCCACAGGCCUAGUACCUUUCAUACAAUUCGGGUGGGAUUUCAUUUAGGCGCCUCCUGGGCUUGCUUUCCCAUCCCGGCAGCCGAAAAUCCGACUCUGUCCGACUCUGCCGCCAAAUCCUGUGUAGUGUGUGUCAUUUCGCAGUCGAACACCUACCAACUGUUCUUGGAUCGAAACAUAUCAUGUCUUCUUCCAACUGGGACCCGCUGGCCUUGCACCCACCUUCUUAUUCGGAUGAGCUCCAGGUGUCUUUCCCUCAAGAACAUGUAUUGCUUAUGACCCUCAACCGUCCGAGGCACCUCAACGCCAUGACACCUCAACUUACCACCGAUAUAGCUGCCAUUUUAAAUUGGUUUGAUGAUGAAUCCUCCUUGUGGGUUGUAAUUGUAACAGGUCAAGGACGCGCUUUCUGUGCAGGGGCUGACUUGAAAGCCUGGCUUCAUAAUCAGACAAGUGGCACGGCGAAUGAAGGAGAAAAUGUGGCUUCUUCCGUGCACGGAUUUGCGUCUAUCUCGCGCCGACACUCCUCCUGCAAGCCAAUGAUCGCCGCGGUGAACGGCUCGGCUUAUGGCGGCGGUGUUGAAAUGAUACUAAACUGCGAUAUGGUCAUUGCAAGCGAAGACGCCGUGUUUGCACUUCCCGAAGUUAAGCGUGGUGUGCUAGCUGCACAAGGAGUUAUUCCCAGGUUAGGGAGAGUUGCGGGCCAUCAGCUUGCUUCUGAGAUGCUGCUCUUGGGAAAUACAAUCACUGCCGUUCAAGCCAGAGACAGGUUUCGUUUUGUCAAUAUCGUCGUCGAAAAGUCGGCUGUUGUGCCUACUGCUCUCGAUAUCGCACGACAGAUGACCAUCAACUCCCCUGACUCGGUACAGAGUUCAAAGGAAGGCCUUAUACUUUCGCAAAAGCACCAUUUCGAAGAUGCUGUACGAACUCACUCAAUGAGUCUCGUGAGUAAACGCCUGUAUCACGGCGCGAACAUCAAGGAGGGCCUGGCUGCCUUCUCGGAGAAACGCAAACCCAAGUGGUCUAAUCCCGCGAAGCUAUGACGUGGUCGCUUAUUGAUC